ACUGCGUGUCGCCUGACCGGAAGUGAUGUCACUGCUAAGCGCCGGCGCGUAAUCGGUCAAUCGGCAGCUUUCAAAGAAGGAGGAUUAUUCUCUUGUUUGUUGAACUUUCGCUUCGUGGGACGCUGCUACGAUGAAACCGGAAGGUCCAUCCAGCAGAUGCAAGUGUGUCCAUUGAGAUUAGAAGAAAGGAGGUUCUGUCUAAAUAUUCGGAAAGGAUUUUUUUACAGUGAGAGUUGUGAAGUUGUGGAAUUCUCUUCCUGACGUGGUUGUACUGACUGAUACAUUGGAUCUUUCAAGAGAGGGUUGGAUGCCAUUUAGCAAAAUGAUGCUGCCUUAUGAAACACUGCUUUCCAGCCCUUGUUUAGCGUGACAAAGCCAUCUGAAUGUGUACAGCUUCUUUACUGGUCAUGUAAGAGGAUAUUGUCGCUUUGGGUUCUACUUCCUGCUAUUCUAUUUCCUGCCAUCAUGGGAAACUGCACUUCUCGAUGUGACUUCUGGACAAGCAUGACUCAAGGAAUGUUCAUUUAAUUGUGCAGCAGUUUAAGAAACAGACUUUCCUGUGGUUUGCUUUGAAUUAGAAUAUUUGCACUGUUCAUUGAAUGAAAAAAAAAGCAGUCAUGGAUAAGAAGUCCUUUGAGAUGGUACUCGAUGAAAUACGAAAGGCUGUUAUGACUGACUACAAAGUGAAAGCUUUGGAAUAUGUACAUGGAUAUUUUUCUUGUGACCAGGUUGUUGAGUUGUUGAGGUACUUUUCCUGGGCAGAGCCACAACUCAAAGCUGUGAAAGCCAUGCAACAUAAAAUGGUUGCCAUACCUGCAGCAAAGAUGGUGAAUAUACUAAACUGUUUCACAUUUAGUAAAGACCGACUGAGCGCACUGGAGCUGUUAGCUAUGAAUAUGACCAGGGGAUCUUUCUUGACUGGAGUAGGUGGCAAUCCUAGUAGAAAUAUCCUGGAUGCUUCAAAUUGUCGACCAAUUGAAGACAUUUUUAAAAUUAGCCACGCUGAGAAGAAACGUUGUCGAAAGAUUCUGGAUCAGGCUACGAAAAGUGGAUGCAAGGCCCCAAAUGCUAUGAUAUCUUCAUGUGGAAUGAUACCUGGCAAUCCUUAUCCAAAAGGAAAACCAAGUCACAUCAAUGGAAUAUUUCCUGGGGCCCCAAAGAAGAAAGAUGGAGAAGAGCCUACAAAUGAGGGAAAAGGCAUUGCAGCCCGAAUCCUUGGACCAUGUAAGCCACCACCGUCAUCGUAUAAUCCACACAAGCCUGUGCCCUAUCCUAUUCCACCAUGUCGUCCACAUGCAACGAUUGCCCCAAAUUGCUAUGGGAAGACCCUGGCAGCAAAGAAGGAACAGUCAAUGUUAAAAACCUCUGGAGAAGGUUUAUCUGAAAGGGGAGGGGCAUCAGUCCAUAGUAUGAAUUCCCGUGAUUGGGCUAAAACAGAUGGAAAUUACAGUGCAUAUAGCAAUGGUAGUCUCAUAACUGUUGCAAAUGUAACUCCUGGAACUGUGCCUCCAUCCCCUUACACUCCUAAUCCUCCUGCUGUGGCCACUGGAAUAGAAGAGAACUCGGCUCAAGCCAAAGCAGCACACGAUCAAUCUGCAAAUCAACACAUAUCUCCUCAAGAGGCAAAUCCAGCUGCUUCUCCUUCACUUCAAGCUACUCCUGCUACCGCUGCUUCUCCUGCAAAAACCAUCAACUCUCCCAGCACACCAACAACACUACCCUUUUCUGGGAUAUGCAUGCCCACCCCUCUGCCAGCCUUUCCUCCACAAACUACAGCAUCUGUAUUUUCUCCUAAGCCCUCUACACCAUCCCCAUCUGUUAUAAAGAGCACCCCGGGUUCCUCCAGUUCUCCCAGAGCAGCUAGCACAGAACCUUCUGCUCCAAGUCCAGCUUUUUCAAGUCUUCCACAUGCUUCUGUUUCAGCACAACAGGGUUCCUCUACUCCAAGUUCCAGCUCUGUGAUGAAUGAUAACCUACCAUCUCUACACCUUGCAGGCCUCCCAUUCUCUGCUACAACUUCUACAGCCUCUGUUAGCAUAGCGAAUAUGAUGCCAUCCUUAUUUGCUGGUCUUCCCCUGCCUCUGAAUCCUCCUUUGCAGAGCAUAUCGACUCUCGCUGACAUUGCAAGUGCAUCCGCUGGAUCCCUUAACAUUGGAAACCCACUGCUGUCUGUCCUAAAAGGAUUUUUAGCUGCAAAUGAUCCAACAUCAUUGAAUUCAACUUCAAUGCCUUCAGUUUCUACACCGGGGCUUCUGCCAUUACAGAGUCUUCAAAAUUCAGAACCCUCGUUAAACAAAGGUUUUACUCCUCAGUGUUCUACACCAACACCUCAGAGGACAGCAACUCCAGUACUGGGCAUGUUUACAACCUCUGCUUCACUAUCUAUACCAAAUCCCAUUCCUACAUCUUCUUCAGUUCUAGCGCAACCUCUCAUACCAGCUCCAUCACAUCUUAGUGCUCCACUAGUUCCACCAUGUCAGGCCCCAUCCUCCUCACUAUCUGACCAUCGCCUUUCAUCUUCUCCAGCAGCUUCUGGCGCUUCACUCUUAAUUAAAUCGGAACCAAUCAGUCCAUCACCUUCAGCAUUCAAAGGCCCAUCACGCUCCGGAACACCUUCUAAUGCUUCGUUAGGGUUACCAGGAGUCCUUGGCCAUGUUUUUCCACCAGGAGCGGGAAGCCUACCCAAUACCAUUAAUCCUGGAUUACCAGGCAUGCCUUCAAUGAAUGGAAACUUUAAUAACCCUUCCUUGUCUUCAAUAUCACUAAAUCCACAUGUUUCCUCUACUCCAAUGCCCCCAGUUUUUAGUGCACUUCCUCCAUUCACCUCCCUUUCGAAUGGGUCUCCAUUUGCUGGUGGUCCCGUCAUUAAUCCUACUAUAGGAAUGUUAUCUUCUGCCUGUAAUGCAGAUUCUGCAACCCCACCUCUUACAUCUGCUGUUUUUCCUGGUCUUUCUGCCUCUGCUGCUUCAUCCUUCCCACUCAGUUUAUCUGCUGCUGUUCCAUCACUGUUCUCUGUGACACAAGGUCCUCUAGGCUCCUCAAAUCCAUCUUUCCCUGCUUUCCCAGUCUCUAGCACACCACCAAUCAACUCUGCGCUGCCGCCUUUCCCUGGGCUUCAGGCUCCUUCUACGCUGGUCUCUGUUCCUCCUGUGCCCUCAGUUGCAACCGCUCCAUCUCCAGCUUCAGUUUUACCUGGAUUUGCCUCUGCCUUCAGUUCCAACUUUAAUUCUGCUCUUGUGGCUCAAGCUGGGCCUUCACCUUUUCCUCUUCUCUCCCUUUCUGGUCUUGCUGGAUUCCCUCAAAGUCCCUCGCCGUCUUUCCAAGGACUUCAGCCGAGUGCAGCGGUUGCAGCAGCAGCAGCACAAUCUGCUUUACUACAGGCUCACUCAGCGUCGGCCCUUGAGAACUUUGUACCACAAGCAGAUGUAUUUGCCGCCUUUCCUGCUGGGCCCGGAACUCCUUUUCCACUGCAGCCCGGGCUUCCCCAGCGAGGGUGGCAGUAAAAACACCUAAUAUAAGACUUCAUACAGAAGCUCUUCUUCCUACCUAUGCUAUUGAUGGGGCAAAGGCCAGACAGUACUUUUAAUUAGAUCUUAGACUUGUAAACAUUUUUAAACUUAGGGAAAACCUGAGAAGCAGGCUGCGGACUUCUUGCUGGAGAUCUAUUCAGUGCAGCAUUUCUGUUACACACCAACACAUCUUUUUAGGUUCCUUUUGUAACUACGGUGUUUUUAGAAUGUCUCUUUUAUACUGUGUGAUGGCUGGGGCUCCCCCUGCUGUUCAUAAGUAUGAUUGUUUCCCUGCUCAGCAGUUAGGGACCAUCUGACAAUUCCUAUCCACAGCAGUAAAUGAAGGGAGGAUUUCACUGCAUACAGUCAGGUUUCUUA